AUGGUCCCCUCAGUGCACUGGCUCCUGCUACUGUGGGGAUUUCAAGGUCUUUUGGCACAGGACUAUGAAGAAGACUAUGAAGAAGAGGUGGUGACCACCAGGAGGAAGAGCAAACAAUUGCCAUCCAAUUCCAUACCACAAAAUGGCAAAUCACUCAUCGAUGAAGACUGCAGUUUGGAGUUGGCUUUUCUGAUCGACAGCUCAGAGAGCGCCAAGGACAACCAUGCCCAGGAGAAGCGAUUUGCCUCAGACGUGAUGGACCGGCUGCAGGGCCUCCGGUUGCAGACCGGUCAGGGGCUCAGCUCCCGUGCAGCCCUCCUGCAGUACAGCAGCCAUGUCAUCAUAGAGCAGACCUUCAAGCAGUGGAGAAGCCCUGCUGACUUCAAGGCCAGAAUCGCUCCCAUCGUGUACAUCGGCCACGGCACUUACACCACCUACGCCAUCACCAACCUCACCCGUAUUUACCUGGAGGAGUCGACUCCCAGCAGCAUCAAGGUCGCAGUUCUGCUGUUUGACGGAAUCUCGCACCCCAGGAACCCAGAUAUAUUUUCAGCUGUGGCUGAUGCCAAGAACCAGGGCGUCCGCUUCUUCACCAUAGGCAUCACACCUGAAGCCAACGAGCCCGCCAAUAUAGCUCAGCUGCGGCUAAUUGCUAGCUCCCCAGCCUCACGCUACCUUCACAACCUGCAGGAUAGAGGCAUUGUGGAAAAAGUCAUCAAGGAGAUUACGGCGCUGGCGGAUGAAGGGUGUCCUCUGGCCAAGAGCAAGUGUGCGUGUGAAAAGGGUGAGAGGGGACCCAGCGGCCCUGCUGGGAAGAAGGGUCGAUCUGGUGAAGAUGGAAGCCCUGGCCCAAAAGGACAGAAGGGCGAGGGUGGGCUGAGUGGACUUCCGGGUCGGGAAGGAUCCGAGGGAAAACCUGGAUACAAAGGAGAGAAGGGAGAGAGAGGGGAGUGUGGCACACCUGGAAUUAAGGGAGACAGAGGGCCUGAAGGUACCGUUGGCCCAAGAGGAAAUCGUGGACUCCAGGGUCUCUCUGGUCCACCUGGCGAUAUCGGACCUGAAGGUUCAAUGGGUAAAAAAGGAGAAAGGGGACUUCCUGGGCCACCUGGAAUCCAAGGGGAAACAGGGAUUGGCCUUCCGGGACCCAAGGGUGAUGUCGGUUUCCAGGGGCAACCAGGGCCUCCCGGUCCUCAGGGAGUUGGCGAGCCUGGACCACCGGGGCCUCAAGGGCCUCAGGGAGGCCAAGGAGAAAGAGGACUUAUAGGAGAAGGUCUGCCUGGUCCAAAGGGAGAGCGAGGCUUGGAGGGGCCACGGGGGCCCAGAGGACAGCCGGGUGCUGGAAUCAAAGGAGACAAGGGGGAUUUUGGCCCUCCAGGUCUUCCAGGGCCCCUCGGUCUCCCAGGAGUUGGCAUACAGGGCGAGAAGGGCAUGGAAGGACCAAGGGGGCCACCAGGGAGCAGGGGCCCACAAGGAGAGGGCAUGCCUGGUUCCAAGGGAGACCAAGGUUUGCCGGGUGAGGUUGGCGCCCCAGGAGAGAGAGGGGCUGGAGACCCUGGAGCUAAGGGUGAGCCAGGAUCGACAGGACUGUCUGGUUUGCCCGGCCUGCCAGGGGAGGACGGGGCUCCUGGACAGAAGGGUGAGCCAGGAGCUAUAGGUCUCAGGGGAACAGAGGGGGCACCUGGAAUUGGCACCCAGGGUGAAAAGGGCGACCAAGGCCAAAGAGGAAUAAGGGGCUUGACUGGUCCACCUGGAAUUGCUGGACCCUCAGGACCAAAGGGAGAACCAGGGGCACAAGGCAGGCUGGGCAUGCCUGGCCCACCAGGCCGUUUUGUCGAAGGUCCCAAGGGUGAUAUUGGCCCAAGUGGUCCUCCUGGUCCAAUUGGGGAGACUGGCUACGGACUUCCUGGUCCAAAGGGUGACCGCGGAGAUCGAGGCUCUGCAGGUCCAUUCGGUCCCAAAGGAGACGGCUAUCCCGGCCCCACGGGUCCUCCUGGUCUGCCUGGACUUCCAGGCGAACCCGGCCUUGAGGGAGUUGGCGUCCCUGGACCUAAGGGGGAUAUUGGUUUCCGUGGGUUGCCUGGUUCACCAGGACCUCCGGGCGAAGGCCUCCAAGGACCUCCGGGUAACAGUGGGCGGCCUGGCCCUCCAGGGCCAACAGGGCCACAAGGUCAAGGAAUUCAAGGACCAAAGGGGGAGCAGGGGUCCCAGGGCGUGACAGGGCCAAGGGGACUACCUGGAGAAGGCUUUCCUGGAGCUAAAGGGGACCGUGGCCUGGGAGGGGAGAGGGGGCUGAAGGGAAUCAAAGGAGAUAUGGGAGACCCUGGACUCUCGGGGCAACCUGGACGACCUGGUGUCAAAGGGGAGGCAGGCCUCACCAGAGAGGACAUCAUUCGAAUGAUCAAAGAGAUAUGUGGAUGUGGGAUUAAGUGUAAGGAGAGGCCUAUGGAGCUGGUGUUUGUCAUUGACAGCUCAGAGAGUGUGGGCCCAGAGAACUAUGAGAUCAUCAAGGACUUUGUAAACGCACUCGUAGAUCGAGUCACAGUGGGCCGCAACGCCACCAGGAUUGGCCUGGUGCUGUACAGCCUGGAGGUGAAGCUGGUGUUCAACUUAGCGCGCUACGUCACCAAACAGGAAAUUAAGCAAGCCAUCAGGAACAUCCCAUACAUGGGAGAGGGCACCUACACCGGCACAGCUAUCCGUAAGGCCACGCAGGAGGCCUUCUACAGUUCACGCCUGGGAGUCAGCAAGGUGGCGAUUGUGAUUACUGACGGGCAGACGGACAAGCGAGAGCCAGUAAAGCUGGAUAUAGCAGUACGAGAAGCACAUGCUGCCAAUAUUGAGAUGUUUGCUCUGGGGAUUGUGAACACCUCCGACCCAACGCAGACUGAGUUCCUGAGAGAGCUGAAUCUGAUCGCCUCUGACCCAGACGCUGAGCACAUGUUCCUCAUUGAUGACUUCAACACCCUGCCAGCUCUGGAAUCCAAGUUGGUCAGCCAGUUCUGCGAGGACGAGAACGGAGCCCUGAUAUAUAACAAGAUAACUAACGGCUACAACGGCUAUGGAACUAACGGCUACAACGGUAACAACGGUAAACAAGCAACCAACGGCAACAGGAAUGGCAACAGCGGGAAAUAUGCCAUCGGUGGCUAUGGGUACCGUCCUGUGACUGAGCAACAAACACACACCGGCACCAACACUGGCACCAGCACUCACAUUGACGGAGGCCGGAUAGAGACCACUCAGCAUGGCAGCAAAGGAUCCAGCACAGCACAUGGAGGAGGAAGGCAGCACGUGUUCACUGACGCAACAAACUGGGGAACCGAGCGCGGGGACACAUUUAACCGCCAAACAGACAUCAGGCCAGACUCCUCCAGCACCCGAGGCUCCUCCUCUUCUUCAUCGUCUUCUUCAACACAUUUAACCAUAUCAACCUCAGGUGUAUCUGUACAACUUGUGCCCACACAAAGGCCAGCUCUUCCUAAAGAGAUUGUACCACUGGAUCCUCGCUGUCUGUUGGUUCUAGACCAGGGCACGUGUCGGGACUAUAACAUCCGCUGGUAUUACGACAAGCAGGCCAACGCCUGCGCCCAGUUCUGGUACGGAGGCUGUAACGGCAACAAGAACCGCUUUGACACAGAAGACGAGUGCAAGAGGACGUGUGUGAUUGCGAGAUCAACAGGUACACUCACAUGAUUCAUCUCUGCCAUAUUGAUGACACUGAUGGCAGUCAGGUUCAUUCUGUCGAACAGCAAAUCUGUCGUUUUCUUUCUUUUUCUCUCCAAUUUCCUCCACCGAAAUGGCCGUUACAAUUUGAUUGCUUCCAAAUGUUGAGUAUGAGUAUUGACUUU